AUGGCUACGCGUAUCACACGACCCGAGUUCGAGGCGUUCAUCCACCCCCUUAUCCAGGAUAUCCUCGCGGCCACCGAGAAGUACAACUUGCCAGAGAAUGCGAAGAAAUGGUUCUCCGAUUCACUCAACGCCAAUGUCGUCGGCGGUAAAAUGAAUCGCGGCAUGUCAGUGCCAGACACUGGCAGCAUCCUUCUCGGCCGACCUCUCACCGAAAAAGAAUUGGAACAUUUGUCUAUACUCGGCUGGCUCACAGAGCUCCUCCAAGCAUUUUUCCUGGUCAGCGACGAUAUCAUGGACGGCUCCAUCACCCGUCGCGGACAACCGUGCUGGUACCGACAAGAGGGAGUUGGCAUGAUUGCAAUCAACGACGCAUUCAUGCUCGAAAGCGCCAUCUAUGUCAUUCUCAAGAAGCACUUUCGUUCACACCCCGCCUACGCUGAUUUCCUCGACAUUUUCCACGAGACCACCUGGCAGACCGAGCUUGGCCAGCUGUGCGAUUUGAUUACCGCUCCCGAAGACAACGUCGAUUUGAACAACUUCUCCAUGGAGAAAUACACAUUCAUCGUCAAGUACAAGACCGCAUACUACAGCUUUUAUCUUCCUGUCGCCCUUGCGCUAUACUACAUACAGGUCGCCUCGCCCAAGAAUUUGAAACAAUGCGAGGACAUUCUCAUCCCAUUGGGUGAAUACUUCCAGAUUCAGGACGACUACCUCGACGCUUUUGGAUCGCCAGAGACUAUUGGCAAGAUCGGUACCGAUAUCCAGGACAACAAGUGCUCGUGGUUGGUCAAUCAGGCCUUGACCAUGGUCACCCCUGAACAGCGCAAGCUUCUCGACGAGGCCUAUGGUCGCAAGGACAGUGCUCUCGAAGCCAAGGUUAAGGCUCUUUACAACGAUCUCAAACUCGAACAACACUAUUUGAAAUUCGAGGAAGAGCGUGUUGGGCAUUUGCGCCAGCAGAUUGACUCUGUCGAUGAGUCCGAGGGUCUCAAGAAGGAGAUUUUCUCCGCCUUUCUGGACAAGAUCUACAAGCGCAGCAAAUAA